GUACCCAUUUCUGACCCUCUAUUCACAGAGGUUGUUUCUGACCUCAGGUGCCCCUUCACAGCCACUGAGCCAUAGGUGACUUGUCAAAACUGCGUUACGAAGAUGCUCAUUGGGAAGACACGGAGGAGAAAAGAAAGAGAGACGGCAGAAUGAACACUUCCUUAAACAGCACAGCCAAGCUGCUGGAAAAAAACAGCUGCUGAACUUGCAUGACCUAAAGUUUCGUUUUAACUUUUAUGAUGGGAUUUCUCGAAUUCAGUUUAAAAACAAAACAAGAGAGGGAAAUUUCAUAAUCAAAGUGACUUACCACUUGAGAUCUCUGAGCUCCCUGUAGAAUUAAGACCUUGGUGCCCCUUGGUGUGUCAGGCUUGGAGUCUGACCCCCAUCUCCUCUGGGGCCCACUCUUCUGGUUCAUGGCAGGAUCCCAGGACUGCACUUCUCUGCUUCUGGGAGACUCUUUUUCUUUCCUCACCUAUAGCACAGAUAUUCCCAGAGGUCUAUCCCUACCACGUAUCUUUGUUUGGAAGCAAUUUCAGAGAGAACUUGUACAAGAGACCAAGAACCACACUCUGGGUCCCUUCCUAGCAUGUCCUAGACACCAUACCCUUCUUAUUUGACUAUUGAUGACAGCUAGCUUAUUGAUCACUUGCCAUAUGCUACUCACACUGCAAAGCAAGUUUUGGGUAUCAGAUAAUUUAAUAUUCACAGUAAACCCCAUUUCCACAUAAAUAAAGAAUAGGUAAGGAAUUUGAAGUACAAAGAAGUUAUAUAACUUGUGCUUUCUCUGAUACAGAUAUUAACUAGUGUUCAUAGUAUCCAAAUUCAGAAUUUUAACCACUAUGCUAUUCUGCCUUUCCUAGGGCUGACAGCUAAGAAGCUUCUCUGCCAGGCCUGCUAGCUUCUCUUGUCUCUGACUAGAUACUUUGCAAACAAUCAUUAAUGAAUUAAAUUAAAGUUUAAAUAUUAUUUAAUCCAGGAAUAGCAACUAUGUUACAUAGGUAGUACCACUUUCUAUUGCUGUACCCAUGGCAGACAUCACUAAUCAAUCACAGCAUUGCAUUUCUUUUGCCCUACCCAGGUACGUGGGGGGGGGUUUUCUUGCCUUUUGGGAGGUCUGAGGUCUUCUGCCAGCGUUCAGUAGGUGUUCUGUAGGAGUUGUUCCACGUGUAGAUGUAUUUCUGGUGUAUCUCUAUCCACACACUUUGAUUGAUUAAUCCCUUAGCUAUGGAAUUGAAUGGAGACAUUAUGAUAAUAUUACAUCAGUUUUCUCAUAAUUAUUGUUUAUGAUUGUGAAAAAAUGGAAAUUAUAUAAUUCCCAACUGAAGUUCUUCAAUUAAUUAUGGUGCCUUUAUAUAUGGACUCCUGUGGAGUCUUUAACAUUCAAGAUUAUUGGAGAAUAUUGAAUGAUUUGUGGACAAUCUGGAAAUAUUCAUUGAAAAGGUGAUAUGCAAACUUGGGUUUGAUGAUGCGAUUUUAGCUAUAAUACCAAAAGCAACAUCUAUGAAAGAAAAAACAUUGAUAAAUUGGACUUUAUUAAAAUUUAAAACUUCUGCUCUAUGAAAGCCAUUGUUAAGAAUAUAAGCUACAGCCUGUGGAGAAAAUAUUUGCAAUGCACAUAUCUGGUAAAGGACUUGAAUACAAAAUAUACAAAGAACUUCUUAAAGUCAACUGUAAGAAAAAAGAAAUUUUUUUUAAUGGGCAAAAGGUUUGACACCAAAAGCAAAAGACCCUUUCCAAACAGACCCAUUCUACCUGAAUCUGCAUGAUAUAUUGGGCUUCCGCAUAUCAUUUCACUUGGAAAGAAACUUUAGUGUCUAGAUAAAAUAUUUGGAAAUCACUACCCUAAAAGAUCGGUAUUUGCUGCCCAGUUCUUAGGCUACACAACAGAACAUUCCAGGGCAUUAAGACUUGAAGAUUCCUGGAUUCUAUCGUUCUGCUAAGGUUCUAUCAAGCUACCUGUAUGAGGUUCUAAAGGAGCCUGACUGAUUUAGGAUGGCAGGGACACGAAUCUGAUAAAGAGACCAGGCAAAGCCUUAGGGCCCCAUCCCAGACCUCCUGGGACAUGGGGAGGGUCAGGCACUUGGUUCUCUUCACUCUGUUAGGAACUCAGCUUCUACUCUUCCUUUCCAACAGAUCAUGUUCCAUUUCAAAGAAAUCAGAGCCCUUCAUAGGCCAAUAAGGUCACUUCCUACACUUUACUGGGCAUAACCACAUACCCUUCCACCACUGCCCCACCAUCUAAACAAAUGAUGGAAACUGCACGACUUCCUUUUCUCGGUGUUUGGAAAUCACCACCAGGAUCUGGUACCUACUCACCACAUUUAGGGGCCUAUUUUAUCCUUCCUUAGACAUGACCCUGCCCAUGUGCUCUGCUCUCUAUAAAAGGCAGGCAGAUCAGCCAGAGGAGCCAGAGUUGCAGAGAAGCUGAGACCAACUCAGAAACCUCCAGCUCUCAGGCUGAAGCUCCCGUGCUCACCCUCCGGUAUGAAGGUCUCUGCAGCACUUCUGUGUCUGCUGCUCACAGCAGCUGUCUUCAGCACCCAGGUGCUGGCUCAGCCAGAUUCAGUUUCCAUCCCAAUCACUUGCUGCUUUAUUGUGAUCAGUAAGAAGAUCCCCUUCAAGAAGCUGGACAGCUACACAAGAAACACCAACAGCCGGUGUCCCCAGGAAGCUGUGAUCUUCAAGACCAAAGCGGACAAGGAGGUCUGUGCUGACCCCAAGCAGAAGUGGGUCCAGAAUUCCAUAAACUCCUGGAUCGAAAGCCCCAAGCCCUGAAGGCUUGAACCUUCGUACCUGGACUGAGAGACAGUCAGAGCCCUGGAAAAUCUUAUUUAUUUCCCCCCACCCUUCCCCAGCUGUAUUAUUUUAUUAUCAUGUCCAAAAAGAGGUUCUUUGUUUAAUAAUUUAAAACACAUAGUUUCUUAAACAAUAAUUAUAUUUAAGUUAUUGAUGUUUUAACUUUAUCUGCCAUAAAUCCUAAUGAAUGUAAAAACACAACAUCUGGUGAUGAGUUUUCCUUUGUGAGCUCCAUUAAGCUCAUGGUAAGAUGGCACUGUUCUCCCUCCUACCUGCCUGUAGUAUCCUGAGGUCCUUCCACUGAUCAUCAGAGUGAACACCUUUGGAUUCUUAGGAAAUCAGU